CUGCCAAUCAGUUCGUAGUUCGGUAAUAGUCGGUGCGUCUUGCUUGUUUGUUUUGUUUACGUUUUAUUUUUAUUAAAAACAUUUCCUAACGCUACCGUCCUUUGUUUACGUUAUUACACUAAUUAACACAAGAAACAUAAAGUGUCGUGCCUACCUGUGAUAUCUUAUGUAAUGUAAUUGUUUUGCAAAUAUUUGCAUGAGUCUCAUCUCGGUGGUUAAAAAGUUUUGUUUAUCUGUUUUUGUGAUUAUUUCGUGUGUUUAGUUACAUUUCGUGUGCUUCUGCAUCGACCAUCGUCAGAGAGAGAACGAUGAUCGCGCUGGUGACGUCAGCGGUGCGAUUGGCAGACACAUCUCCGUGAUGCCGCCAGCUUCGCUCUGAUUCGCGGAGAUCGGGUACUGCUGAGUUCUGAUUGGUGGAAAAUGUCAGGGCUGCAGGCGAGGACUGAAGAGCCGAUCAAUGGAGUCGACGUCAGGGAGCAAGGCAGUGCUUUGAGGGUGGCGACGAACACUCCGCACCUGGUGAGCCUCGGUACCGGCCGACUCAGCACAGCGGUUACCUUACAUCCCAUCAAGCAAGGGCGCGUGACGAUCGGUUCCGACCCGACAUGCGACAUAUACGUGGUGGGGACCGGCGUGGCGAGCGUGCACUGCCGCGUGGAGAACUCCCACGCUGUUGUCACCCUGUACCCGCUCAGCGGGAGCACGCUGCUCGAUGGUCUGCCAGUUGAUAAGCCCACCAGACUGUCCCAAGGUAGCAUGCUAACGAUCGGCCGCUCGAACUACCUCCGCUUCAACCACCCCGCUGAGGCCAAGCUGAUGAAGUCCGUGCUGCCGUCCGCGCACGUAUCCAUGGCUCCCGUGCAGUUCACUCCCAACGAACAGUGUAUAGCUACCUACGUCAACCACAACUCAGAGAGUUACCAAAACGCCAACUUUCAAAAAAUAUACAAAGACAACUCCCUAACGCAUUUAGACCAAGAACUAGACAUGACGCUUCGAGAAAUGUCUAAAAAGAAACCUCCUGUAGCACCUAAAAAACCUUACAGAGAUUUAGACCAAUCAGACUCAAAUUCAGACCAAGAAUCUAGGCCGAAAAUGACUGGAAUCAUGGCCAAAGUAUCAAAAUUCGAGUACUACGCGAAACAACAGAAAAUUGGCAGGAGCCAGUUUUAUACGUCAAACGAAAACGAAAUAUCGCCAAAAGUGUUCAGCUCCAAUUCUUUAACAGUCAACACUCCAGCCAAAGACGUAUUAGGGGGUAAAACAUUACCAAACUACAUGAACAAAAUGAAGAAUGUACUAUUAAACGAGAACAAUGCCGUCGACCCUAAAAACUGCUCAUAUACCAACGUAGCCAUCAGAAACAAAACCAAAAUAGACGACAUUGUAAAAAACUUUAACGAACCAACUAAAGACAACAAACUCCCGAAAAAAGUCAACAACGACCAGCAAAACGACAACAUAUACGGCAAAAUCAAUCUAGACAGGAAACCGGACGAAAAAACCAGUUUGAACGGGUUAGAACCGGUUAAAACUAGUUCGGAAUCCAGUAAGAACCAGUUGGAACCGGUAACGAAUGUUCUAGAGACCAAGAACAAUUUGGAGUACAAUUCUAAUUUGUUGGAUAAGAAUGAGGUUUACGGGAAAAUUUGUGAUAGAAAUGUGAAUGUGUCCAAAGGGUUGUGUCUGCCUUCCCCUGCCUAUGAUAGGAAUCCACAGUAUUCGCCAGUUUACGCCAAUGGAUUAUACGAUCGGAGUAUUGAAGCUGAGUCGAGGAGAUUGAGGGCUUACCAGGAUAGAAUAAAAGAGGAAGAGCAAAAAGAAGCGGAGACUGCUCGUCUCGAGGAGAUCCUCAGCAUGUGUGCGGAGUACGAGAGGCAGAUCGCGUCAGGGGUCCCAAUAACACCUACAGAGAAGCGACCACACAACAAGAUCAUCACAAAUGGUUCGUUACCGCGCAGCGUCGCUCUCAACAACCCUAACUUCGUGCAGACCAGCGAUGGAUAUUACAAGUUCGAAACUAGUCAAAACAAAAACUCGCCCAUGAGUCCCAUGAGCCAGUCUCUCCCGAUACAAAGGAAUCUCUCGAGCUACGAAAACUUCGACGCGUCAUCCCCUACAGAACUGACUCCCGAAGUCGUAAUCAACCAGAAUAACUACGAAAACGUAGGAAGAAUGGACGAAAUAGGGAUCCCAGUUUACGAUGACCAGACGACGCAGAGAAUGCACGACUUGUCUAGUCCAAUAAUGAUAAGGAAACUUCAUAACCAAAGCGGGGAUCGUGCCCCUAACCUCUCCUCCCCAAUAGGCAGCCCGUACGAAAACGUUUACUACAGAAACAAUGUGUACGGGAACUUAAAACCCAAGUCGCCAAACACGCAAAGCCCUAGAACGAGAAUUAAAACAUCUUUCGCUCAUAAAAAUCUCCCGUCACCUCAGUAUUUCAUCUUCCCCACUCCACCGCCUGUAGAAAACUCCAAUAAACCCAACUUUGAAGUAAACAAUGAGCAAAAAGAUGCUAAUAAUACAGACAAACCUAAAUUCGAUGGUAUAGAAAAACAACUGAGUCUCGAAGAAGAAAUACCAAUGAUUGAUGAUGAUUUAACAAAUGACAUCGAAUUCAGGUACUCAAAAGUAAACGAUGACAAAAAAACUGAAACUCCAGAAAAGAGUCCAGACGUUAUAUUGACCAAGAACCAAAGCUUUGACGAUAUGAAGAAAGAACUGAUGGCAGACAUUCCAGAACUAGAAGAGUUUGAGAAAGACUUGAAAGAGAAUAAAAGAGAGAAGAUAAUUAAGACUUUAGCAGACGAUAUAAAGAAGAUAGACGUUGAAGCUGAUUCUAUUGACAGUGCUGUUCUUGAUGAUAAUGUUGAUGAACUCAAAGUUAAGUAUGAGAAGUUAAAGGAGACGAGGAAGAAGUUGGUGACGGAAAUACACGAGAUCAAGUGUAAGAUGACUGAGAUACGGUCGCAGGAAGACGAUAUCUUGAGAGAGUUGGAAAUGGAGAAAGCUUUAAUCAAAGGCGAGUACGACUCAGAGAUAGCGAUACUGAACAUAGAACAGAAGAAGAAAGCAGACUUGGUGGACAAUGCUAAGAGGAUAGAAGAAGAAAUACGACAGCUGAAGGAGAAGCAGGAGGCGAGGCAGAACGAGAUGAGGGAUCGAGUAGAGAUCGCUACGCUUAAAGUGGAGAGGAUAGAGAAAGACCUGAAAGACAAUACAGCGACAUUGGAAGAGCUGCAGAACGCGCAGGACAUCCUGGACAACGAGACCAAGAUAUUUGAGGACCUGGAGUUCCAACAUCUUGAGGAGGAGUCCGAGUUGUUAUCAAACCGAGAAGACGUACAAAAUGAAGUAAUCCUUCUAACAAAGAAGAUCGAAGCGCAAAAAACUCGUAUACUAACACUCAAAUCCGAAGCUAACAACAAUUUAACCUCAGCUUUAGACGAAACGAAAAUUCUCCACGCAGAGUACGUGAGAUUAUUAAACCUUGUCGAGGAAUUAACAGGCAAAGUACAAGCUGUAGAAAAGGACCUAAAACCUAUAGUUACUAAACUAAACGAUAUAGAACGAACACAGUCCCCAGAUAGUGCCUUCUUUACGGAUCAAACUAGAGCCAAGUCAGGCGAAUUCGGAUAUUCCCCGCAAAGCUCCGACAGCGAUGACAUAGACCUCAAAUUGACCUCAUUCGAAGACCACACGAAACAAAUAAAAGAUAAAUUCAAUUCCAUAGAUCAAAUGUCUCAAUCUAUGACGGUAGAUAUCGAAAGAAGAGUUAUAAAUGAUCUUGUUGAUACAGAUGAAAGGUACAGCGAGAGUCCGUCCAAAUCAUCAACGUCGUCCAAAGAAAAGAAAGGAUUUUGGGAGAGAAAUUUCGACUCAUUAAAAAGGAAGAGCAAGAAACCAAAAUCGCCAGAAAAAGUCGAUAUCAUGUCGCAAAGUUUGAACGAAAAUAUGUUCUACAACGAUUCUAUUGAAGCUGAAACUAAUCUUGACAAGUUCAAUAGCUUAAGACAUUCCAAAAAGAAAGAAAAGAACGGCGGACCAAUCAAAAGUAAUUCAUCAUCAAAAAUCCCUACUUUUGCAGCGUUAGGCAAGAUCAUGAAGAAAGAUUCGUUCGGGAAGAAGUCCAGAGAGAACAGCAUCAAGAGCGACGAAUCAGAUAAAGAAAACAAUUCCAAAAACCGUUACAUUAAAAACACAAAAUUCAUGAACGCCGACAACAAGUACGUCAAAGCUAAAUCACUAUCGCCAGAUAAAAAGGAAGAUGAUAUACAAGAAGAAACAGACUUAGAAAUCGAUCAAAAGAUGAAAGUAACAUUCGAAAAAACACAUCACAAAGAGAAUGAAGCUACAGCGAAAAUUCUACAUCGAAAAAGUUGUGGUGAUGAACCCAGUGUUAAAGAGUUCGCUAAAAUAGCUGACACUACUAAGAUACCGUCACAGGAUGACAUUGAUAGGAUAUCUAAGGUCACAAUAGAUGCACCGAUCUUACCGAGCGACACUGAUGUGAACUCGUUGGGUAAACGGACCUUGGAUAGUCUCAUGGAGGUUGAACGGAAGCGGCUUGAGAUGUUGGAAGAACAAGGAUGCCAAGUUAUAGAAAACGAACGCGAAAAAAUCUCCGAACUCAAACGUCGUGUGCAGGACGAGACCAAGAAACUAUGGGACCAGAAAUAUCGUUCUGAACACAGCAAGUCCCUUGAGGAGCCACAGAGCCUGCCUCCGGACCUGGUGAAUGAGGAGAAGGGGUUCGAGAGGACUGCUGAGGAUACCAGCUACAUGGAUGACAGUUUUAUGGCGAACUCCAGUAUUUUCGAAGAGAGCUCCGGGCUUAUGUCAUCAUCCAUCGAAGAGCUCCAAGUGAGGAACUCCCGCACCGAGUCCACGGAGGACGACAAGAGGAGUGACGACAGCCGCCCGCUCAGCCAUGCCUCCGACUUCAGCAGGGACAAUAUACUGUCCCUCAGCAACGCUCCCCGGCGCAGUCGUCGCGGUGUGGCGCCCUACAGCGAGUCGCAGCGCCCCCUCACGCGCUACCUGCCCGUCGACAGGGACGACUUCGAUCUACGGAGACAUGUCGAGUCUGCUGGUCACCAGAUCGAGGUGUGCCCGUACGUGUCGGUGACGCCCACGUCGUGUCGCGGGUAUCUGCACAAGCUCGGAGCCAAGUUCCACACAUGGUCCAAAAGGUGGUUCGUUUUCGACAGAGAAACGAAAACGUUCGUCUACUACUGGGACAAGAGUGAGAAGAAACCCAGAGGAGGGGCCUAUUUCCAAGUAAUCGAAGAAGUAUACUUAGACCACGGCAACACAUCAAAAUCGCCGAACCCUUUAACAACGUUCAUUGUGAAAACCCGACAACGUCGCUACUACCUCAUGGCGCCAUCUGGCGAGGCGGCGCGAAUAUGGAUCGAUGUCAUAUUCACCGGGGCACAGGGCUACACUGAAUACCUAGAGUGAAUACACCAAUAUUAGUUAGGGAAUUCAAUUAGUGACCUGUGACGUCACUUGGCUGUAUAGAGGUGUUGUAAGCAGGACUUUAAGGUAUGAAAAAUGUAUGAAAUGAUAGGAUUUUAUAAUAAAACUGGUUUUUUUCCAUCUGCCUACGUAAUAAUCGGGAAUUUACAGGUCUAUAGAGGUUUGAUGUAUUAAGUUGAGAUUUUCAAGGCAAUUUGUACCUUCUGCCUUUUACCAAGCUGUGUUUAGUUAAAUUCCAGUCUUACAAGAUUCAAUUGAAUAGGUACAGGAUUUUGUGGAGCGACUUUUAUGACCACCAAUACACAUUUCAUUAGGUGACGUUGUGGUCUGUUAAGAAUACCUGGCUGAAUAAUUUAGUAUUUCAUAAUGGCGUAUUUUUUGUAUAUUCAGAUAAUUUAAACUUUGAAUUGCAAGUUGGACACUAAAAACUUAUAAGUUUUAAAUGAAAAGCGUGUUCUGAAGUCGUUUUUUGACUUCCGUUUACUUUGUACUUGAAAGCAUGGAAACGUUUUAUUUUAUUUAUAUUUUUAUUUUCAUCGGUAUUAAAUAUAGCAGCUAUUUUCAACGAUUGGGAGGAAAACUAUUAUUUUUAUUCAUGCUUUUAAUUACUUUGUAAACUAAUCAAAAAUUAUCAAAGGAAAGUUUUAGUGUCACAAUUUGUUUGGAAAUAUUCAAAACAUAAUUAUUAUAUUUUAAAGAGUCACUCAAUAAUACUGCCAUAACUACAGUUAAACUUAACCCAAGUUACUAAAACCCCGUCCAAUUCUCACUUUAGCCAGUAUGUCACAAAAACGGUACUUAUAAUGCCAAACCACCUCAUUUAAAAGAAAUGUUUUAUAUUAAUUAUUUCAGUUACUAUUUGAUUUGUAGUAAUAUGAGAGGGAUCAAUGGAAAGUCUUUUUUGACAUUUUAACACGUUUAUUAUUAAAAACUUUUUCAAAAUAACAUUGAAAGUCAAACAUUACAAGAAAGUGACUUUUAUUAAAGUUUUGUAAACGUGUUGAAAGUUUUGUAAAGUAUGGUCGCAGAAAAACUUGGAGAAUAUCCUUGUAUUUAAAAUACAUGUCAAUAUAAUGCUAUAAGAUUUUGUUUUCGUUAAUGAAAAUAAAAUCACACAGUGUAAGAUUUAUAAUGUUAAAGUAUUUCUUAAAUUCAUUGUUUCUCAAGUUUUCUGCUGGCCCUACUGCAAAGCAUGUCAAUUAUAAUCUAAAAGCGAAGUUUAUAACAUCAAUUUUUUAUACCAUUGAAUGAAAUUAAUAUAAAAUAACCAUAAACGGUUCUAAACUUUUAUUAGGUACGAAAAGUAUCUAAAAUAAGGGAAAAUGAAUCGUAUUAUACAAAAUGAAUCACAAAUUGUGUGAACGAUAUUUUACAAGUUUUUAAAUAUUGCAACAUUGCAACUCAGUAUUUUAUCUAUAUGGUAACUAUUUUUAUAUGAAAUUGUAUGUCUCGAUUUUAACCUAAUAACGAAUAUUUACUUUACCCGGUCAUUAUUUGAUUUACCAAAUUGUCUGGGUAAUUUAUAUAAACAAAGGAUGAUAAUAUAAAGUGCCAAUUAAAUAUUUGUAUGAGAAAUGUAUGGCAGUUAUUUUUUUAAUAAAUCUAUACAUUGGAUGAAAUUGGUGCCUUUAUAAGACUGAAGAAUUUACAAAAAAAUAUAUAUUAAAACAUACUUUUUUAGUAUAAUGCUUGCAUGAUAUAAUAUAUAAUAGACAUAUAAAAUAGAGGUGUGAUUUUGAAUUUUCGUUUUAUUCCAAAAACAUACGUUUUGUAAGUAUGUGUUUAUCGAGAAUAAGUGAUUUUGUAUGCAUAUUUAUUAAUUAAAUAUAGAUUGUAUAUGUUUAUCAUAUGAAUCUGAAAAUCAUUGCACUAUUGCCAAAUAUCACGCUCGUAAUUAAAUAUUUUCGCGAGCUGCUUUUAAUGAAUUCAGAUAUAAAUUGGACUUUAUUACUAAAAACCUAUGUGUUAUGGCAACACUAAGUAGCUCGCGGAUAUUGUACUUAUAAUUCAGACUUGUAACGAAAACUAAUAAAUAAUAUUUUUAUAACAUCAAACAAUUGUAAAGUCAAAUAUUUAAAUGAAAAUGCUUUGUAACUAUUCUAUAUGUAUAAUCAUUAAAGUGCAAGAAAUGCCAUAUGGUUGCCAACGGAAAAAUUAUAUAUCUCGGAUAAAAUGUAAAUACCAUCGAAAUAUUGCCGUAUUUAUCUUCAACAUGUACAAAUUUCAGAACAUUGCUUGUUGUAACAUGUUUUAUAAGCAAAAGUGAAAAGUGUUGAAACCAUGCUGACAGGCAAUACGGCAAAUAACUAGUCCUAAUAGACAAAACAAUUAUAAAGGUGUCAAUGAAGUUAUAAAUCGCUUAAAUUGCAAUAUUUGCGAUAAGUCACAUGUCAGUGUUUCGGUCAGUCUUGGCACUUGAAUUGUAAUUUGUCUGGGACUGAGUUUCAAGGAUUAUGGAAGCUAAUAAUUUGCACGCUUAAUGCAAUUAUGUUACCGUUUAGUAUAUAUAAAGUAAUCAAUGUUUUAAAGCUAAUUGCGGGACUAAUUUUGCAUGUCAACCGCUGUUUAUCGAAAGAAAAUCGCAUAGAGAUUGCCAGCUGAAGACAAUAAUUUGAUUUUGAAAAUUAUUGACUUUAACCUGGUUGUUUUUAAAUGGCAGCUUUGUAUAGCUGCAUAUAAAAUUUAAGUUAUAAAUAAACUAAACUAAUGAAAUUAUACAAAAUUACCGUUUAUGACGUAAUUAUUAAGUACAAAAUUGUGAUUACUUAUCGAAUCGUAUUACCAGUGUAAAAAAACAUUUUAUAGAUUUGCAACAUUAUAUUUUCUUGUAGUUUAAAGGGCUGAUACCAAUUUUAAUUUAGUUUUUAGAUAAAUAAAUCACAUUGUAUUAUUAACCUAAUGAAUUAAAGUUCAUUUUAUUGUAUUAUUUGUUUCAUUUUGAUUCAUACACUUUCUAAAUUAAUCUUGAAAUACUAAUAUACUUGACAAUUAUUAAGUAAUGAAAUGAGAUUGCUCCGCCCGCGUGGAUUAUCUUAGAGAAAAGUUAGCAUUUACUUUCCACCACGCCCAUUCAGCCGAACAGACCAAAAGAAACUACUAUGAAAGGGUAAAAGCGACCUUAAAGAUAUAAAAGGCCUGAAGUGAUUGAGCAGAUUUCCAGUUACGUAUUAGUAAAACCUUUACUGGAAGAUAGCGUAUCCGUUGCAGAAACUGCCAUGAAGACGAUUAUUUACUUUAAAAAAAAUCGUGGCAGUGCAAUGGCAGGACUAGCUCGAUUUUCUUGCUAGGACUCGUAUAAUUGGAAGGAAGGAAAUACAAUUAUGGCUACAGCGUCUAUAAGCGCACUGUGGGGUACAUAAAUUAUAUAGUAAAUACUUACCUAUACAUACAUACAUAGACUACGUAGUAAUACAGAACAAAAAUAUUUUUCAAUCGACAGCGCCACAAUAUUUAUUUUUGUGACAUGACAACACAAAUUUUCUAAACGUCAUUUUAAUUUGACGUUUUUCGUUUGAGUUGAGACUGCUGUCACUUGGAGAUUUCUCAAUCUCACCGAAACCAAAGUUUACUAAUGAAUUAAUUUGUUCCGUGUUCAAGACUUCGCCCAGUGCUUAGGAAGGAUAACACAACAAAGUCAGUUACUACGACGUGAUAUUUACAGUACCUACAUACAAAACAAGUAGCCACGUUAGUUAGAAGUGCAAAUCCAAACUCAAUCUUGAAAUAUGGGGUUUAUCAAGAGGAUCCAGCAAUUCAUCAAUUAUUGGUACGUGAGGUACCUCUUAGUGACGGAGCUGUACAUGGUCGACACAUGGGAAAAGAUUGUAGUCCAUAUUCUAUUCGGCAUCAUCUUUGUCAUGUUCUGGUAUUUCAACUAUUCAAUCAUCGUGUCCGGGAUCAACCAGCUCCGCUCCUCGACAGCACACGACGUGGAGCAAAUAUUAUGAGCGGCCAUUAACUACAGCCGAGACCUCAAACUAUUGUUAAAUUAUUAUCUAGAUGUUAUGGUGGGUUAAGUUUGAAUAAGGAACUUGUGCAAAGAGCGGUCGCCAUUUUGUUUCAUAUUUCUUGAUGUAUUAAAUGUUUUUAAUAUUGUCUUUGGCCUUUUGACUAGACACUAUUUUAAUAUAUGCACUUUGAUAUCUCGUAAUAAAAUAUUCAUAACUGUCGUGCUUUCCUAUAUCUGCGGAAUUCGAAGACAUAGUUUUAAUAUCUAGCUAGACCAUAAUAUACUAUUAACUAAAGAUGGCAUGGCCGAAGUUACAAUGUAUACUAGUUGCCUUAUAUUAUGAUAUAAAAUUAUAUUUUACUAUGAACUAUUCAAGUUACAACAAUAAGUAUUGUGUGGCAAAUCCCUUGAUAAGGUAAAACUGGCCAAUGGUUGAUAACUUCCUUGAAAAUAUGACUCAUUGCAUUUAUGGGUAUUGAAAAUUAUCACUUGGUGUUGUACUUUCUGAUACUUGCACUAGUGUUUAAUUGUUAAAUAAAAAGUUUAGUUAAAGGGGAAAGAGGGAUCUCUAACUAAAUAAAGUUUUUUCAUUCCAUGAUUACAAAUAAUACCAAAA